AUGAUUCGAAAUCUUAUAUUAUUUGUGUUUGUUGCAACUAUAUUUGCGGAAGAUCUCCCCACGAACUACGAGUAUUAUGCAUUUGAAAAUCGAACCAGCGGAUUAUCAGCAGAUCAACCCCAUUUUAUACUGAAUGGGAAAAACUUUACUCUUUACAGUGGUACCUUGCAUUAUUUCCGAGUGCCGAGAGCCUAUUGGAGAGAUCGUUUGAGGAAAUUUAGGGCAGCUGGAUUAAACACUGUUGAGACUUAUAUUCCAUGGAACCUUCACGAACCAGAAGAAGGAAAAUUUGAUUUUGGUGAUGGUGGAUCAGAUUGGGAAGACUUUCUUCAUUUAGAGGAGUUUUUGCAACUUGCCCAAGAAGAAGAUUUGUUUGUAAUUGCGAGGCCUGGACCCUAUAUAUGUGCUGAGUGGGAGUUUGGGGGAAUGCCCAGCUGGUUAUUAAGAAAUAGUAGUACAAAAGUUAGAACAUCAGAGGAAACAUACAUGUCACAUGUUACAAGAUACUAUAACAUUCUCUUAAAAAUAUUGGCUCCCUAUCAAUUUACAAAAGGUGGUUCAAUAAUUAUGGUUCAAAUUGAAAACGAAUACGCAUCAACUAAGACAGCUGAGUUUUCGCCAGAUAAAGAAUAUCUAAGACAAUUGCAGCAACUUAUGAAAAGCAAUGGUAUUGUAGAACUGCUGGUUACAUCAGAUGCUUCAGCAAAUGGUUACAAUGGUUCCUUAGAAGAUUUCUUAUUGACAGCCAAUUUUGGUAGCGACCCAGUUAGCAAUUUCAAUUAUUUAAAACAGUUUCAAUCUAAUAAACCAACGAUGGCCAUGGAGUUUUGGACAGGUUGGUUUGAUAGUUGGGGUGGAGGUCACAAUACUAGAGAUCCUGAAACAUUUAAGCAGAUAUACGAAAGUAUUCUCAGUUAUCCAGCUAGCGUAAACCAGUAUAUGUUUAUUGGAGGUACUAGUUUCGGAUUCCUAAACGGUGCUAAUGUAGGGACAACAGAUAAUUCUCAACUAACACCUGAUACAAACAGUUAUGAUUAUGAUUCUCCUUUAUCAGAAAAUGGAGACUAUACUAAAAAAUAUGAUCAUGUUAAAGAGUUACUAGAGAAAUAUAACCCGAUAAAGACUAAACUGCCAGAACUUCCUGAAUUAAAAGGACGUAUAGCGUAUCCCAGCAUUGAAAUUACUGAACAAAUUCUUCUAUCUGAUAUUAUAAACAACGAAAAGAAGAUUACAAGCACUGAAUUACUUCCCAUGGAAUUAUUACCUAUAAAUGGGAUGUCAGGUCAAUCCUAUGGUUACAUAGUUUACAGGAAAACACUAAAUAUUCCCAAAGGAUCAGUUUUAAAAAUUGGUGGACAUGUAUGUGAUACCAUAUUGGUUAUGGUUAAUGGUGUAUUGCUUAAUGAGAUUCCAACAAACAGUGAUGCCUUGAAUGGUUUUGGAUUCUGGAGAAAAGCGGACUCCGAAAUUGUUUUAACAUCUGAAGAUCUCGAAAAUGCCACAUUGGAUCUAAUUGUCAACAAUAUGGGUAGAGCUAAUUUCGGAUCUCUACCACAGUUUAAUCAAUAUAAAGGUCUCUGGCAAGAUAAGGUUUACUUAAAUAAUGAAGCUCUGAAGUCAUGGGAAAUUGUACCAUUAGAAUUUAAGAAGUCAUGGACUAACAAGCUUGAUUCCUGGAGCGAAGUGAGAACAACUAAUCAACCUGCACUUUAUAGGGCAACCUUGGAAGUAACUAGUUUAGAACAAGACACAUAUAUGGAUAUGAGAGAAUGGACAAAGGGUAUUAUAAUUGUAAAUGGAUUUGUUCUUAGCAGGCACUUCUCUAUUGGACCACAACAGACUGCUUAUCUACCAGCACCACUACUAAAGGAAGGAACUAAUGAAAUUAUCAUUUUUGAAGAGUUCCAAGCUCCAAAUUCUAUUAAGUUUUCUGCUGAGCCGAUAUACGGGAAUAAUUAGACAAUCACUUGUUAAAAAUAAAAAUAGUGUUUACAU